CAACUGCUGCCUGGGAGUGGGGGGGGGGGGGGCAAAAUGGGUUUCAGAUUUCACAUCUUGAAUCCCAUUUGUAGGUCGUCGUCUUCCCUUUCUAGAUUGUCUUCCCGUCAUCUUCAGCCACCACCACUCCUCCGCCUCUCUUCCUCCCUAAACCCUAGUUUCGAUUUCUCCAGGAGGUGGCAUUUUGAUGAUCCUUUUGUUAUCUUCUCAUCUCAGGUUCUAAGUGGUGUUGCUCUUUUGUCUUACAGAGCUGCUAAUGUUCCCAAGGACAAAGAACAUCCAUAUGGUCAUGGUAAAUUUGAAACUCUUGGAGCCCUCGGCAUCUCUUCCAUGCUUUUGGCAACUGGCUGUGGUAUUGGCUGGCAUGCGUUACACCUUUUCUUUACUGCGCUGUCCUCUGCUCCUGAGGUGGUUCUUGCUCACGGUGCUCAUCAUCACGGGAUUGAUAUGACUCAUCCCGUUCUCGCUUUCACUGUAACUAUUGCUUCCAUUUCUGUCAAAGAAGGUCUUUACUGGAUCACAAAACGAGCAGGAGAAAAAGAAGGCAGUGGAUUGAUGAUGGCUAAUGCAUGGCAUCACCGAUCUGAUGCAGUUUCUUCUCUAGUUGCACUAGUUGGAGUUGGAGGUUCUAUUUUCGGAGUCAAGUUCUUAGAUCCUCUAGCUGGCCUUGUUGUCUCCGCUAUGAUUUUCAAAGCCGGACUGGAAACAGGACACCAAAGUGUCUUGGAACUGGUGGAUGCUGCUAUACCAGCUCAACAAUUAGAGCCAAUAAGACAAACCAUAUUACAGGUUGAAGGAGUCAAGGGAUGUCAUCGGCUAAGGGGUAGAAGAGCUGGUUCAUCAUUGUAUCUUGAUGUACACAUUGUAGUAGAUCCUUUUUCCAGUGUGAGUGUUGCACACGAGGUAGGAGAAUAUGUACGGGGACAGAUUAAUAUGAACCAUCCUGAAGUGUCUGAAGUUUUUAUUCAUAUAGAUCCAGCCUUUUUACAGUUUUCUUGUAGCAUGGUGGAUCAUGACAGUAUAACAAAUGAAUCUAAUCAAGAAAGUAACAUCUGCCGAGAGAUUAAACACGUCGAAGCCAUUGUCUCAGAUGUUUUUUCGUCACAGUUCUCUGAGAAAAUGACGAUCAAACGAGUUACACCCCACUUGUUGCAUAGCAAGAUCUUCCUCCAAAUCGUAGUCUCCAUGCCAUCGACCAUGACAAUACAGGACGCCAUGAGAGCCGCUGAAGAUGCAGAGGAAGAGAUUCUGAAGGCAGCCCCAAAUGUGGCUCGUGUCAGCAUUCAGCUUAGUCUUAAGAACUCCUUGCCGCAGUAAUUAGCUUUGGUGUUUAAGAAAAUAACAAGAGAAAUUUACCCUGUUCAUCGAAGUUGUUUCUUUGUUAUGAACAAUUUUAAUGUCGAAAGUUUGCAACUUGGUGACCCCAAAGCUGAGAAAAGUUUUGGGAAUGUAAAAUUUUUGAGUACUGAUUCUGCAUUGGAUACGAUGAAAGUAAAAUAACAUCACAGCUUCCCA